GCCGGAGCAGCCACUCUUGCCGUGCGGCGCGUUACCGUAAAGAGCCGCCGACAGCAGGGAAGGGAAAGCAGCCUGCGGCUCCGGGCUACCGACUUCUUUCCUGAGGGAAAUGAGCGAUGUAAAGGAAAGCGGUCCGGCGUUGACCUAGCCUGAGAUGGGGAAAGUUUUGUUGUUUGCUAAGCCCGAUUAAAGAACAUUUAUGAAAGAAUGAAUCAAAUCCAGCCUUCUUCUUGGAAUAGUACCUUUAAUAUAUCUAACAUAUCUAGCAAUGGAGCACACUACUAUCAAGCAAUUGGGGCAGCAGAGACUAUUAUCCUUCCUUCUCUGAUUGGGCUUAUCUGUUCAACUGGAUUAAUAGGCAAUGUUCUUGUUAUUCUCACUAUAACAAGAUCAAGGAAGAAAACUAUUCCAGAUAUUUAUAUCAGCAAUCUGUCCGUGGCUGAUUUAGUUCACAUCCUUGGAAUGCCUUUCCUUAUCCAUCAGUGGGUACAAGGAGGAAAGUGGGUGUUUGGCAAUCCCCUCUGCACCAUCAUCACAUCAUUGGACACAUGCAACCAGUUUGCAUGCAGUGCAAUUAUGACAGCCAUGAGUUUGGACAGAUACUUAGCUCUUGUCCAGCCAUUUCGCCUCACCAGUUUGAGAACCAGAUCAAAGACAAUCCGAGUCAACUUAAGUCUCUGGAUAAUUUCAUUUAUUCUUGUGUCUCCAGUAUGGAUGUACUCAAAAGUCAUUUUAUUCAAAGAUGGUUUGGAGAGUUGUGCUUUUGACCUUACAUCACCUGAAGAGGUACUUUGGUACACGCUUUAUCUGACUAUAGCAACUUUCUUUUUCCCAUUGCCCCUGAUACUAGUUUGCUAUGUAUUGAUCUUACGCUACACGUGGGAACUAUAUCAACAUAAUGAAAAAUCAGGAUGUUAUAAUACAAGCAUUCCAAGGCAAAGGGUCAUGAGGCUAACCAAAAUGGUGCUUGUGCUGGUCGGGGUGUUUGUCCUAAGUAAUGCUCCAUACCACGUGAUCCAGCUAGUGAAUCUUCAGAUAGGUCAGUCAACACCAACCUUCUACAUCAGCUACUACUUCUCCAUUUGCCUUAGCUAUGCCAGUAGCAGCAUUAACCCUUUCCUGUACAUACUGCUUAGUGGGAACUUUCAGAAGCAUCUAAGGCAAUGCAUGCAUGUCAAGACAAAGAUGACAGAGCGUGAUGUUAAUAAUAUUGAAAACACCCCGAAAUCAAGUUUUUGAAAGAACAAUGAGUUUAUAUAUAAAUAAAUACGCAUUUGUUUUAUUGACUCAGUUUCUCUGCUAUUUGCCCAGUUGUGAUAAGUGGAUUUUAUCCAAUCUUUGUCAAUGGAUGCUACGUUUAAUUGAUUGGUUUUAACUGUAAUUUUACCUUGUGGAUUUGUCAUAUUUUCAUAUUAUCGUAAGCUACUUUGGAAGCAAGUCUGGCUGACAAAUAAAGGGGGAAGGUAGAAGAUCUUGUUAAAUAUGCCAGAAAGGCAAUAAUGCCCUUGUAUAUAUGGCAGCCUUGGUACUUGCUUUGCCUGACAGGUAAAGCAGAGACAAGUUGGUCUUGGUCCCAGCUCUGCAGCUGUCAGGCUGUCCUUAUGCAUUCAGCAGCCAGCAGCCAGACUUAACCACAUUUUAAACCCAGUUUUUGCUUGUCCUGAAUGAAUGUAUUGCAAUUUGAACUUCCUCUGAGGUUUGAAAUUGAAGUUUCUUUACGGUUCCAAAAUCACAUAGAAUGAAAAUCCUUUGAAUGUUGUUAACAUGUAUUUAUAUUUACCUUUCAGAACCAUUUGUUCUGAGGAUUAGCAAAAAAUUCCUGUAGUGUAAAGAAGGGAGCCAAAUACAGAGAAGAAGAAUGUGCCUUCUUUUAUCCAUCCUCUGUAUCACCAAUCUUGGCUCUAUGGAGUAGUAAUAUCUUUAAGCCAAGAAGUGCCCAUCUCAAGAAAAGGGACUCUGGUGAAUCUCUCCAGGCACAGCUGGCACCACUUUUGCUCCUCUAGGGUGACCAAUGCCAGGCUGGGAAAUUCAUGGAGUUUUGGGUGUGGAGCCUGGGUGAGAGAGGUGUUUGGGAAGGGGAGGAACCUCAGCAUAAUAUAAUACCACAGAGUCCACCCUCCCAAGCAGCCACCUCCAAAAGUCUGGGGACCAGUUAUAAUUCUGGAAGAUCUCCAGGUCCACUAUGGAGGCUGACAACCCUGUACUGCUCUGCUCCAGCCAGAAAGCACUGGGCUGAAGGCUGAGGCAUCUGUGAUUGUUCCUGGAACUAGUUUCCUAAACCCAUCUUCCUGUCCGGCCUCCACAAGGAUGGGAGAGUGUUCAUGCUGACAGCUUGCCUCAACCCUUCAGCUCCAGAAUAACUGCAGAGGCUUGUAAUGAGACCAGUUCAUCUCUAAUUCCCUGCUGGUUCACCAAGAUCGUUCACGGAGACCCUAUUCUAGGCAACCCCACCAACUGAAUGGAGGUAGGUGGUGACUCAAGAUAAAGCCUUUCCAUAGUGGUGGUGCAACCAUUGAAUACACUGCCCUACACAGAAGGCUCACUUGGCAUCAUUUUUGUGGCAGUUUCUCCCAGUGGGAGCCAGGCCUAGGAGUCACCCAGGCUUGUAGCCCACUUCAUCAGUACUGCUGCUACUGACUGGUUGGGCUGGGGGUCCCGGGCAUGCUGGUUAUUUGAGAUUUUGGAUAUUAAAGUGCCAGAUAAAAAUGUUGCUGUUUUUAUAUUUUUCACUGUUGUGUUUCUUCUCAUGCUCUGUUUAUGUACGUUUACUGUAUUUAUGUGCAUUUUAACCUGAUCUUGAUAUUUUAUAUUGUAUCUUUUUACUGAAUUGUUUUAUUGUUGUUUGAC